AGGACAUUGGGGGUGAUGCGUCCUCCCCCGCUCAUCGAGAUGGUGCGCUCGGGGCGGGGCGGCGCCGUCCCGCGGUGCCCGGGCGGACGCUCUAGCCACUAUCCCCGCCGGGUGCCCGAGAUGUCGCAGCCUUGGCCCGCGCUGCGCCAGGCCCUGCUGGCCCGCCCCUGGAGGGGAGCCAGGCUGCGGUGGAAGCACACCUCCUCCCUGAAGGUGGCCAACGAACCCGUCUUAGCAUUCACGCAGGGCAGCCCCGAGCGAGACGCACUGCAAAAGGCCUUGAAGGACCUGAAGGGCAGGACGGAAGCCAUCCCGUGCGUGGUGGGGGAUGAGGAGGUGUGGACGUCGGACGUGCAGUACCAGGUGUCGCCCUUUAACCACGGACACAAGGUGGCCAAGUUCUGUUAUGCAGACAAGGGCCUGCUCAACAAAGCCAUCGAGGCCGCCCUGGCUGCGAGGAAAGAGUGGGACCUGAAGCCUGUCGCAGAUCGAGCCCAGAUCUUCCUGAAGGCGGCAGAUAUGCUGAGUGGGCCGCGCAGGGCUGAGGUCCUCGCCAAGACCAUGGUGGGACAGGGCAAGACGGUGAUCCAAGCGGAGGUCGACGCCGCAGCCGAGCUCAUCGACUUCUACCGAUUCAAUGCCAAGUUUGCUAUGGAGCUGCAGGGGGAGCAGCCCAUCAGCGUGCCACCCAGCACCAACAGCGUGGUGUACCGCGGGCUGGAGGGCUUUGUGGCGGCCAUCUCCCCCUUCAACUUCACUGCGAUCGGCGGCAACCUGGCGGGGGUGCCGGCCCUGAUGGGCAACGUGGUCCUGUGGAAGCCCAGUGACACUGCCAUGCUGGCCAGCUAUGCCGUCUACCGGAUCCUCCGGGAGGCCGGCCUGCCCCCGAACAUCAUCCAGUUUGUGCCAGCUGACGGGCCCACAUUUGGGGACACCAUCACCAGCUCAGAGCACCUCUGCGGCAUCAACUUCACAGGCAGUGUGCCCACCUUCAAACGCCUGUGGAAGCAGGUGGCCCAGAACCUGGACCGGUUCCGCACCUUCCCACGCCUGGCUGGAGAAUGUGGCGGAAAGAACUUCCACUUCGUGCACCGCUCGGCCGACGUGGACAGUGUGGUGAGCGGGACCCUGCGCUCAGCCUUCGAGUACGGCGGCCAGAAGUGCUCCGCCUGCUCGCGCCUCUACGUGCCCCAGUCGCUGUGGCCGCAGAUCAAAGGGCGGCUGCUGGAGGAGCACGGCCGGAUCAAAGUGGGCGACCCUGCAGAGGAUUUUGGGACCUUCUUCUCGGCGGUGAUUGAUGCCAAGUCUUUUGGCCGCAUCAAGAAGUGGCUGGAGCACGCUCGCUCCUCGCCCAGCCUCAGCGUCCUGGCCGGCGGCAAGUGCGACGACUCCGUGGGCUACUUUGUGGAGCCCUGCAUCGUGGAGAGCAAGGACCCGCAGGAGCCCAUCAUGAAGGAGGAGAUCUUCGGGCCUGUGCUGACCGUGUACGUCUACCCGGAUGACAAGUACAAGGAGACGCUGCAGCUGGUCGACAGCACCACCAGCUACGGCCUCACGGGGGCAGUGUUCGCCCAGGAUAAGGAGGUCAUCCAGGAGGCUACAAAGAUGCUGAGGAACGCUGCCGGCAACUUCUACAUCAACGACAAGUCCACUGGCGCGAUGGUGGGCCAGCAGCCCUUUGGGGGCUCACGAGCCUCUGGAACCAACGACAAGCCAGGGGGCCGGCACUACAUCCUGCGCUGGACGUCGCCCCAGGUCAUCAAGGAGACCCACGAGCCCCUGGGGGACUGGCGCUACUCGUACAUGCAGUGAGGCCCGUGGUGCCUGCCCCGUCCAGCUGUCCGUCCGUCCAGAUGACUGACCUCACUCCGCUGCCCCAGCCCCUGCUCCAUUCCUCACGACGGCCCCCUCUCUAGAGCCAGGCUCGACCCCCUGCCCCCGCUGUCCUGUGUUUUGGCCUGUCCCGCCCCUCGGUGUCAGAUGCCCGCGCUCUGGUUUGAGAUCGUGUUGGGGAGGACGGGGCUACUACCCCUUAUCCCAUUGGUCAGUCUAGAAAUUCCACCUGGGGGCUGUGACCUCGCGGCCUGGCGGGUUCUUCCUAUCCCCUCCACUGGGGCCCUGGGGCCCAGGGACCAGGGGGUGAUGACCGAGCAGCUCUUGGGAUCCUUUGGGGAAAAGGAGGCAGCGCUGGGCCCCUUGGCAAACCUCACCACUCCCAGAGGCUGCUGGCCUUGGCCCCGGCUCCUCCAGGUGUCCAGGGUGAAGUGUGACCCAGGGUGGCCCACAGGACACAGGCAGCACCUUACCUGUGCCCAACCAUCUGCCUUAGCAGGUACCCGUGCCCAGCCGUGUGCCUUAGACACCUGCACGCCUUUCUCCAGGGUGACUGUGUUCACCUGAGGCCCACGCGAUUCUUGGCCUGCCCCACGUGGCAGGGCCUGGGGGUUCUGGAGGUCACCUGUCACCGUGUGGGAUGCGGUGGUCCUUCCUGUUUGGGCUGGGAUUUUGGAAAACCUUGGUGGGCUUGCCCUUAGCUCCUCUGGUCCUACCUCUAGAGACGUCCGCUCCUGGGGCCUAUCUCAGGGCCUGAGGUUUCCCUGCAGGGACUCAGGUCCCCGCUGGGCCAUGGUGAGACAGGCCCAGGCCAAUGGUGCCCCACCCGUCUCCCAGCCCCCGAGACCGGGCCAUGGGUUCCCGUCUGCCUGGGCCGAGGACGUUGACUAUAGACUCGUCCCUCCUUAGCAUGUCAGGGGCCCUGUGUGGACUGGCCCCUCAGUGGCCCGUUCUUGACUCCGCCAGUCAGUGGCCGUGACUUCUCCUGCAGACUCCUGCCAGAUUCUGGGAGUCAGGGAUCUGCAAGGCAUGACUUUCAGGGAUGGCUGUUAGGGGACUGUGGAAGUGCUGGGACUUCCUCAAGGACAGCUGGACGGGGCCUCCAUGGACCUGGUGUGGCUAUUCCCCAAGUGCCACCGUUUCACACCAUGGCCCGUGGUUGGGGGCUGGUGCCAGUGCUGCCUGGGCCAGGUGUGGGUUCUGCACUGUGAGGUGGCAGCGGGAUUCACCCUGAUGCCAGCCAAUAAAAUCCCUGUUACUUGGUCAAA